GCCGUCUUCUUCCUGUCGGCCGCCGUCUCUCUCUAUCUGCUGCGGACCGAAAGAAACCCUAAACCCCGCCUCUCCUUUCCUUCCUGAAUCGCAAUCCGGGAUCAGCGGCGGCUCGGGUCGACGAACUCGAUGGGGAAGAGGAGCGGCAACAAGAAGAGGAAGGACAAGGUCAUCCUCCCGCCGGAGCUGCCGGAGGUCGACGAUGACCAGGUGGUGGUCUCCGACGAAGACAUCGAGUUCUUCAGUAGCGACAAGCGCCGCACCGACCUGUUCCGCAAGUUCGACCAGAAAUCCAUCGACAGGUAUGUCAGGAGGAUCACCGGCCAAGACGAGGGCGAGGUCGAGCGCCUUUACGAGGAGCGCGAGCGCAAGAGGAAGGCCGCCGAGGCCUUGAAGCCGCGCAGGGAGGACGACGAUCUGGAGGUGGACCCCGUCGACGCGCUCCCCAUCAAGACGCUGCAGGGGGAACUCGUCUACAAUAACGCCAAGAAAACAAGGUCUGAAGGCAAUGCUAGCAUUGUUAAAUCUAAAACCAAAGAGGAAGAUGCAGAUGGCAAGCAAAGGAUUCAAAAAGACGAAUGGAAGGGAAAAUCUAAAAACAAAAAGGGAGACAGUAAACUGCAAAAUGUUCAAUCUCAAAUUGAAGUUCCAAAAGGGAAGCUGCACUCAGAAGUGCUGGAAGAAGUGAAGCAAGAACUUUCAGCUGAGGAAUUGUUCGAGAAAAAGAAGGCUCAAUUGGCUGAAUUAGGGAUGGCUAUGCUUGAAGACCCUGAGUCAAAUAUUAGGUCUCUGAAUGAUAUGUUAAGUAUAAGCAAUGACAAAGACCAAAAUGUUGUUAAACUUGGCCUGAUGUCCUUACUUGCUGUGUUUAAGGACAUAAUUCCAAGUUAUCGAGUUAGGCAGUUGACGGAAAAGGAGCUUACAGUCGAAGUUUCAAAAGAAGUGAAGAAGACGAGAUACUAUGAAUACACACUUAUUCGCUGCUACAAGGCAUACCUUCAGAAACUGAUAUCGUUGGAGAAGCAACCCCGCUUUUAUUCUGUGGCUGUUCGUUGCAUGUGUGCUUUAUUAGAUACUGCUCCACAUUUUAACUUUCAUGAAAGCUUAUUGGCUAGUGUGGUGAAAAAUUUGAGCUCCUCUGAUGAUGUAGUAAGGAAAAUGUGUUGUGAAACAGUAAGAUCCUUAUUUAUAAAUGAAGGAAAACAUCGUGGUGAGGCAACUAUUGAAGCAGUAAGAUUGAUCGCGGAUCAUGUGAAGCUCAAUGAUUGCCAGCUCCACCCUGAUAGCAUUGAGGUCUUCCUAUCUUUGAGGUUUGAUGAAGAUCUUGGAAAAGAUAAAACUGAGGAGGAAAAUGGGAAGCCAAAGAAGAAUAAGCGUUGGCAAAAUAAGGAGGUUUCAAAGCAAUUGCCAGUGAGUGAUAAGAAGAAAACCAGAAAGGAACUGAUCUCAAAAGCUAGAGAGGAGGUUGAUACGGAUCUUAAAGCUGUUUCCUUCACUCUUGAUCCCAAGAAUAGAAGAAGGAUACAAAAAGAAACAUUAUCUGCUCUUUUUGAGACAUAUUUUCGCAUUUUGAAACAUAGCAUGAGCACAUCAAUUUCAAGGUCCAAGGGCAAUAAUGUCUCCCUGGGUGGCUCACACCCACUACUCGGUCCAUGCUUGGAGGGCUUAGGAAAAUUCUCACAUUUAAUUGAUUUGGAUUUUAUGGGGGAACUUAUUUCUUGCCUCAAGAAGCUUUCUGGGUAUACCGACCAUCAGGAUAAAAUUCGUCAUGAUGACACACUGUCUAUCUCAGAACGUCUGCAAUGCUGCAUUGUUGCAUUUAAAGUCUGGAGGAGCAACCUUGAGGCUUUGAAUGUAGACCUACAGGAUUUCUUUGUGCAGCUUUAUAACCUCAUACUGGAGUAUCGACCAGACAGGGAUCGUGGUGAGGUAUUGGCUGAUGCUCUAAAGACACUUCUUUGGGAAGGCAAGCAGCAGGAUAUGCUAAGAGCAGCUGCUUUCAUUAAACGUUUGGCCACAUUUGCUCUGUCAUUUGGCUCCGCAGAAGCAAUAGCAGCAUUAAUCACACUGAAGCAUCUUCUCCAAAAGAAUAGCAAGUGCCGUUACAUGUUGGAGAAUGAUUCUGGUGGAGGUUCCCUGUCUUGCUUAGUUGCGAAAUAUGACCCAGAGGCUAAAGAUCCAUAUCUUAGUGGCGCACUUGCUUCAGUCCUUUGGGAGCUCAGCCUCCUGGAAAAGCAUUAUGAUAUCUCUGUUUCCUCAAUGGCUUCAAAUAUAUUGAGUAUGGCAAAUUUGAAUCCCACGCAGAACCCAGUUCCAAUUUUGAAUGUGAACCCCCUUCAAGCAUAUAGAGACCUAUCAAUUGAACGGGAAUUAUCAAAAUCAGACAGCAAAGCAUUGUCACUGAAUUGCAAAAAGAAGCGACUUGGUAAGGAGUUUGUUGCUCUAAGCCCAGACGUCCUUAAGAAGGCAGAUUGCUUAGUGGAUAAAGAUGAGCUCAAAGAGAAGUUGCAGAGCCAUUUCGCGGUACUGAGAGGCAUCUCGGAGAAUGAGAGAUUGAGGGCCGAGUUGAACCACACAUUGUCAUCCAUAAACAUGUACAAGGAAUACAAGAAGCAGAAAAAGAAAAACAUGAAAUCGAAGACUGGUAGGAAAAAAGUAGCUAAUGUUUAGCGUGUUAUGUUUUGGGUAUCUUUUUGCAUGCUGGUUGUCAAAGGGGUGCAAUGUUCGCAAUUUUUGCACUCAUGGUAGCUACUACAGCUCUUGGUUCCUGUAAUCCAUCUUUCUGAACACGAUACAGAAGUGACAAGUUUCACCGCAUUCAUGAUUUUGCAUAAA